AAAACUUUCAUUUGUCCGCUUCGAGCCUGCGAAAUGCAAAUCGCGGCCCAUUGAAACACCGAUCGGAAAAACAAGCCGCCGCCUCUCUCACUGCCAACAGAUCUUCAACAACUUAUUAUCUUUUCUGCUUCUUCUACUUCAAGUGAUCAAUCAUGUUUUUUGGUGCAUUAAGAUCCUUAAUUCGUCCAGUGUCAAGAACUCUAAGUCAUUCUCGUUGUAUCACAACCGCCUCAUCUUCUUUAUAUAAGCCAUUGUUUUCUGCUACCUACAAGAAUGUAUCAUAUCCAUGCUUCGGCUCACAUUACCAAAGCCAUUUGUUUUGGGGACACACAUCUUCUGUAAGGGGAUUUCAGAGCCUAACAGAUACCCGGCUUCCAAAGAGAAGGCCUGCUGAUAAGUCCCGGAGGAAAAGGGCUAGUUUGAAGCCUAAAGGGCCUUAUGCGUGGGUUAAGCUUGUUCCUGAUAAACCUAUACCUGCAAAUCAACCUAAUGUUGGAAGUGUAAAACAUAGAAAUGAAAAAAAGCGGAUAGCACAACGACGGGCCUUUAUACUGGCAGAAAAGAAGAAACGUAAGGCUCAGUUGCAGGAAGCCAACAGGAAGAAGAAAAUUCAGAGGAUAGAACGAAAGAUGGCUGCAGUUGCCAGGGAUAGAGCCUGGGCUGAAAGACUAGCCGAGUUACAACAGCUUGAGGAAAACAAAAAGAAUGCGACUAUGACAUGAGUUCGCAUGUUGAUGACUUUCCCGGCAUACUAAUAAUGUUUGUUUGUCGCAGUAACCAUGAAAUUAUUCUCUUUUGGUAGCCUUUCAUACUUCUUGAGAGAUUGCUUAUUAUGAAAUUUCAAGGAUUUGUACGUUUUUGCUCGAAUGAUAAAGCUAGUAUAACGUAAGUCGUAGCGCUAGAUUUACCUAAAAA